AUGAUCGAAGACGAUGCACUGUUCCUAGGCCUCGAUUGCUCCACGCAGAGCAUGUCGGCUGUUGUCGUCGACGCCGCUGGUCAUGUCGUACACGAGUGCUCGUUCCGCUUCGAUGACCGGUUCCCGCAGUAUCGAACGGACAAUGGCGUGCUGCACCUGACCAAGGACGAAGUGGUGAUCCCGUCGCUUCUGUUCGUCGAGUCGCUCGAGGCCAUGCUGGACGAUUUGGCCAAGAGCUCCGCAUGCAAUGUCGCCAAGUUCAAGAGCGUCAGCGGUAGUGCACAGCAGCACGCGUCCGUGUAUUGGCACAGAGACUUUUCGCUGCAAGCGUGUUUGACCGCCGCCGUAGAGUCGGACGCUGUUUCGAUCGUCGAAGCCAUGAGACAGCAGACGCACCCGGUUUUCUGCCUACCGAAUGGGCCCAGCUGGAUGGACAGCUCGACAACACGCUAUUGCACCGAGUUGGAAGCUGCUGUCGGGGGACCUGAUCGCGUCGCUGCGAUUAGCGGAUCGCGGGCGUACGCGCGCUUCACGGGCAGCCAAGUCGCGAAGCGGAUACAUGCGAAUCCAGCGUUGUUGGAAGAGUGCGGACGCAUUGCAUUGAUCUCAUCGAUGCUGACGUCGCUCCUGUGCGGCAACUACACUUCGAUCGACGACAGCGAUGGAUCAGGCAUGAACCUUCUCGACGUGCGAAAGCGCGUGUGGUCCCGAGAGCUUCUUCGAGCCACGACCACGUACAGCAACAACGCCAAUGCCGCGGCACAAUUGGAGACGGCGCUGGGCUCGCAGGUUCUGCGAGCGUAUUCGCCCGUGGGUGCCAUGCAUGCUUACUACCACAAGAAGUACGGCUUUGCUGCCGAUUGCAAGGUGAUUCCGUUUUCCGGCGACAAUCCAUGCACGCUCGCUGGCAUUGGUCUGUCCCAGCCAGGCGACGUGGGCAUAUCGCUGGGCACAUCCACCACGCUGUUCGCUGUGGUGCCGACGGACGCCGCGCGUUUCUCGGGCAAAGAAGGCCAUUUCUUCUGCAACCCAAUUGAUCCCAACAGUUUCAUGGCCAUGAUCUGCUUCAAGAACGGAUCGCUUACGCGCCAAGCAGUUCGGGAUCGUUGUGCAGGUGCUUCAUGGGAGAAGUUUGACGAGCUGAUGCACGCGACGACAGCAGGCAACAACGGCAUGACAGUGUUCUAUUACUUGGACUCUGAGAUCACGCCAUCAACGCUCAAGACAGGAGUUGUCGGCUUCGAUGUCAGCAGUUCUCGGGUUGAUGUGUCGGCAUUGCCACCUCAAGUGGAGAUCCGUGCAGUGGUCGAAAGUCAGUUCAUGUCGCUACGUCUGCAUGCCGAACGACUGGGCGUCACUAAGCCACGGCGUCUUAUCGUGGUCGGUGGAGCAUCUACGAACAAGUGCAUGCUUCAGGUGCUCGCCAACGUCUUUGAUACGAACGUGUACCGCUGCGGCAGUACCUCCCACUCCGCAGCUCUUGGUGGUGCCUUUCGUGCCCGCCAUGGAUAUGCCUGUGCUAACAGCGUGGCCGGGUACGUGCCGUUCGACGUGAGCGACAGCUUGGACUUUUCCCUGAGCGCCAGUCCCAUCGACGGCGAUGCCAAGAUCUAUAGGCGCGAGAUUUCUCGCUUCGAAGCGCUCGAGGAUCAAGCCGUGAGUAUACUCACCUAA